CCAUCGGCCAACGUUUGUACGUGCGUACUUGAAUAUAUUUAAAUUUGGAGAUGCGGCCGGGAUGAAGCAAGACCACGACGCGAACAACUAUAAAUGGCGUUAGAACCCACUGGGGUGUACAGUUCACAGCUUCUAGCAUCCCCGAACACAUCUCAACAACCGAGACAAUGGCUUUCAAGUUGGUGGUCUUCUCCUGCCUCCUCGCCGCCGCCUACGGCAGCGUGGCACCUGCCGCCUUCGCAGCAGCUCCUGUGGCCUACGCAGCGCCGGCCGUGGCUGCGAGACUCGAAGAGUUCGACCCUCUACCCCAAUACAGAUUUGGAUACGACGUGGCAGACUCUCUGACCGGUGACUACAAGAGUCAGCAAGAGCAGCGCGAUGGUGAUUUAGUACAGGGCUCAUACUCCCUCGUCGAUCCCGAUGGCACGCGUCGUGUUGUUGACUACACCGCCGACUCUGUCAAUGGAUUCAACGCCGUCGUUCGCAAGGAGCCUUUAGUAGCUGCGGCCCCAGCUGUCGUAGCCGAGCCCGCUGUAGUACCCGCCCGGAUCGCAGCUGCACCCGUCGCACAGCCUGUGGUGGCGGCCCGCUACGCUGUCGGCGCCCCAGUCGUCGCGCCGGCAAGGUACGCUGCUGCUCCUGUCGCCGCAGCACCAGUUGCCACUGCUGCUUAUGCCGCAGCCCCUGUGGCACCCGCUCCAGUGUUCGCUCGCUAUGCCGCCGCCCCUGUAGUCGCUCGCUACACGGCUGCCCCCGUAGCGUCUCCUGUCGUUGCCGCUCGUUACGCUGCCGCCCCCUACGUAGCACGGUACACGGCUCCGGUGGCGGCCUACAGAGCGGCGCUGCCCGCCCCUGUCGCUGCUGCGUACACGGCUCCGGUUGCGACCGCAGCAUACACAACGUACACGGCGUCUGCCCCCGUAGCGUAUGCCGCUCCAGUCGCCACUGCGUACACCGCACCCGCUGCGUACGCAGCUCCCGUGGCAGCCGCGCCCGCCCGCCUGGUGGCGCCCGCACCCGCGGCCGCGCCCAUCGCUCGGGCGGCGCCAGCUAAGCUCGUGGAGCCCGUUGCCGCCGGAUACCGCUAUAUUGUAGUAUUCAUCUUUUUUGUUGGCGCUGUGAGCGCCGGCGUCAUCGCACCAAUCGCUCCCGUACCCCUGGCCAGGGUUGACCCCCUACCUCAAUACUCCUACGGUUACGAUGUUCAAGACGCACUCACUGGCGACUACAAGGGUCACACAGAGCAAAGGAACGGAGACCUGGUGACAGGAUCCUACACAGUGGUGGAUCCCGACGGCACCAGGAGGAUCGUGGACUAUGCCGCUGAUCCUCUGAACGGUUUCAACGCGGUCGUGCGCCGUGAACCUUCAAAUCUAGUCUUGGACAUUAUCAGAACCAAAAUGGCAUUCAAGUUUGUCGUAUUGACCUGCCUGGUAGCGGCUGCCACCGCUGGCCUCGUACCCACCGCCCAGGUGGCGUAUUCCGCCCCCCUCUCGUACUCGAGCCACGCCGUGCACGCCGCCCCCUUGGCCUACUCCGCAGCUCCCGUGGCCUAUGCCGCCCCCGUUACCAAAUACGCCGUCGCCAGCCCCGUCGCCUACGCCGCCCCCAUCGCUAAAGUUGCCGCCGUCACCCCCGUCGCCAAGGUCGUCGAGGCCUACGACUCCCACCCUCAAUACAGCUUCUCCUACGAUGUCCAAGACGGACACUCUGGUGACUCCAAGAGCCAGCACGAAACUCGCGACGGAGAUGUUGUCCAUGGAUCCUACUCCGUGGUCGACCCCGACGGCACCAAGCGCACCGUUGAGUAUACCGCUGACCCCCACAAUGGUUUCAACGCUGUCGUACACAAGGAGCCCCUCGCCGUGAAGGUCGCCGCCCCCGUUGUCGCUAAAAUCGCCGCUCCCGUCGCUUACGCCGCCGCCCCCGUGGUCCACGCCGCCCCGGUAGCCUACGCCGCCCCAGUCGCCAAGGUUGCAUACGCUGCACCCCAAUUUGCGUACUCUGCCCCCGUUUACCACCACUAAAAGCUAAUCUUAGGAUAUUCUUG